AUGGCCGUUAGCAUCUCACUGUUCUUGGUCAUUCUCCUCGGAGUGGUCUCUGCCUCUGAUGUCAAUGUUGGCGCGGGUGUUGACGUUGGCGUCGAUGUUGACGUAAGGGACAUUGACGCUUCCAAGAAUCUCAAGACUGACCAUCAGACGACCUCCUUUGCCGAAGAGUUCAUUACUCCCACCUCCACGGCCUCCAUUUCCGAUGAACCCGAACCUAACGCUGAAGCUACCAAAUCCCAAGAAAAAGAAAACCAAAAAAAUCCAGAAAAAGAAGAAAAUGACGGGAUUGACAUGGAAGCUCUCGGUGCCCCUUUUAUCGACCCAAAAUCAAAAUCAAGUUCCGAUCCCGACUCUCCCCUUACUCUUGCCUCGCUCGAUUCGGUUGAGAAAAUCAAGGAUCAACUCAAGAUUCAUGACCUCAAACCACCACCAGCCAAUGACGGAGACGGAGCUGGAGAUACUACCAAGGAUCGAAACAUGACGCCUCCCACGACCACUACUGAUUCUACGGUGGAUCCUAUGACCGACGCGGCUGUCGAUGCCGGCGCCGCCACAACGGAAGAAGAGAUGGCAUCCACCCCUGAGGCUGCCAAGGAAACCAAGGAAGAAGAUUCCGAAACCACCGGCAGUAUUGGUCGACACCGUAAAUUGACGGCACAAACGGAUUGGUUGACGGGAAACACCCGCAUGUACGGACCUCGAGAGACUGCCAGCCUCGCGGAUGGUUGGGCAGCUGCCAAUGACUUCUGCCAUCAGCAAGGUGGUUCUCUUGCUACUGCCGCUGAGAUCUGUCCUCCCGAUGGGAAUGCUGCCAAGUCCCGGCCACUCUUUGGAAUCCAUAAGGGAGGUGGCGGUAGCACUAAUCCUAACAAUUGGGUGCCCGUCGGCAACCGAGAAAACCAAUGGAUCAACAUUGGAGACAGUGCUACCUACCCCACGUGUACCUUUCAUGGCGGUGCCGGUGGCAGUGGACAUGUACAUGGAUGGGCAAAUUUCAUUGUGUGUCGUUCGAACUGGUUCAAGUACAAAAAUGUAAAGGCGACAGAUGUUGGCGCCGGUGCAGAUGGCGCUCUUUGGGUGCUUACCGACUAUGACCACGAUGUAGAUGGCCGUGGUUGCUACGGAAUUAAACGCCACGAUGGAAACGAUUCGUGGACAACUAUUGGCGGAUGUGCCCUGAAAAUUUCUGUGGGAAGCAGCGCCCACAUUGUGCUAGCAAAUCACCAUGGGGAUAUUUACAAAUAUGGAGCUGGUGGUUGGGGUCACUUGCCUGGCCAAACUGCUCGUGAUAUCAGUGUCACUGCGGAUGGAAGCAUGUGGAUUACAAAGCUGGUCUCUGGAUAUGCCUACGGAGAUAUCUAUCGCAAGCUCCCCACAGAUGCCUCCUUUGUGCAUUAUGGAACUGGUGGAGACCGUAUUACAGGUUUAGGUCCGAACAAGAUUGCACAAUGUAGCUUUUACGGAGGCCAAAACCACAUCUAUAUCAAACAAGACGGUGGUAGUUGGUAUAUCGCAGGAACCUGCGAUGGCGGAGAUGUAAGUUACGCCACUGAUGGGACCUUGUGGACAACUGCAGCCGUGAAUGCACAAUCAAGUCUUGGACAACCCCGCAAGUCCUUCAGUUCUACCGCCACGGCCACGAAGUGGGCACUUCCGGUUCUAGGACCUUCAGGUGGAAAUAUUGCUGCUGUGAGCGCCAACAAGUUCUUUAUGGUUGAUUCCAACAAUGACCUAUGGAAGUAUGAAAUACCACCCAAGAGAGAACCAAACGGGAUCACUCGGGUCUUUGGACCCACCGAAACUGCCAACAUCAAGUCCUUUGAUCAAGCGCAACAGUUCUGCGAGUCCCAGGGAGGAUCUCUCGCUUCCAGUGCUGAUGUUUGCCCAUUGGAUGGCUCAAAUCAGCCGUUCUUUGGCAUCCAGGCUGUAGAUCAGUGGACCCCAGUCUCGGAUUAUCACAAUGCAUGGAUCCAGGUGGGAACCCAUGGAUCAAAUCCACCUUGCAUUUCUCACCGAGACAUAGCCAAUGACAAUCCUGCCUGGGGCCUCGAUGGAUCCACCAAGGUGGGACCUGAGGCCAAUUAUGUUGUCUGCAACAUGAAAACAUCCAUCUACGGGCCCAGCUAUACAUCCAAUGUGAAUUCCUACGCACAAGCGCAAGACUUCUGCCUAGCCAGAGGAGAAACUCUUGCCUCCAUAUCCGACAUUUGUCCACCGGGAAGUUCUGGUGAACCUUACUUUGGUAUUCAGUCAGGGGAUCAGUGGACACCAGUCUCUGACUAUGACAAUGCAUGGCUCCAGGUUGGUGUUCAUUCAGGCGGUGUUUGCAAAACCCACAAAGAAGUAGCCAGUGGAGCGGAUCCUAGCUGGGGUACUGAUGCAUCCAGCAAGGUGUCAGCCGAGGCAAACUUCAUUGUUUGCGUCUCCAGCAGGGUCCUUUACGGGAAAAGUGAAACAUCUGCCCUUACAACAUAUGACCAGGCCACAAACUUCUGUAAUUCCAAAGGAGAAUCUCUUGCUUCCAUUGCUGAUGUCUGCCCCUUCGGUACAUACAGCCUACCUUACUUUGGCAUCGAGAGUGGUGAUCAAUGGACCCCUGUCUCAGACUACAACAAUGCUUGGGUCCAGGUGGGCGUCCAUUCCGAUGGUGUUUGUCGAUCCCAUCGUGAAAUUGCUGGAGCAGAUCCUGCUUGGGGGCUUGAUGGAAGUCAUAGUGAGGCAGCAAAUUACAUUGUUUGCACAAGUCGCUGGAAGAAGUUUCAUGGUAUUACUGCUCGAGAUGUUGGUGCCGCUAAGGAUGGCACCAUUUGGGUGAUUGGUACGAAUGACAAAGGGGGUGGUUGCUAUGGCAUCUGGAAACACGAAGGGAACGAUACGUGGGUCGAAGUUGAUGGAUGCGGUGUUCGUAUUUCAGUUGGCAACAGCACAAAUGUCAUCAUGGUAGGAUCCGAUGGCAAGAUUUCGAAAAGAAGCAACAAUGAUUGGGUUCAGGUUACCACCGCCUUGGCUCGCGAUGCAAGUAUUACCGAAGAUGGAACCAUUUGGAUGACUGAACUUGUGCCGGGACAGGACUGGGGCGACAUCAAACGCAAACGGCUCUCAGAUACUGACUUUGUCCAAUACCAUGGUGGUGGUGGAGGAGAUAGUAUUUCUGGUUUGAAUGCUGACCAGGCUACGGUGUGCAACUCUGUUACAUCAUUAGCUACAAAUCUUCUUUGGGUUUCUGGUAGUUCCAGCUGGUAUCAAGCUGGAUCAUGUGAUAAUGGAGAUGUGAGCUAUGCUUCUGAUGGAACUAUUUGGACAACAGGUCAGCAAGGCGCAGGAAGCACCGGGGUGCCCCGAAGGUCCACCACUUCUUCCACUUCGGGAACAACCUGGGACACCGCCGUUGAAGGGGGCGCGACAGGUCGAUACAUUGCUGCUGUGAAUGCCAACAGAUUCCUCUUGAUUGAUUCUAACAACACCCUUUGGGAGUAUGAGAUACCUGAAACAGAUGAUGGAUGGGUUAACACUGGAACAUCAACACCUUCUUCUACUCCAUCAAUCUCCCCAUCUGGUGUUCCUAGUGCAUCCCCAUCGAGAUCCCCGUCCAUUGCACCAAGUGAAUCCCCAUCAAUAUCCCCAUCUUAUUUACCAACUGGUUUGCCCUCAACAUCGCCAUCUAAUGUGCCCAGUAUUACUCCAAGCAUAUCCCCCAGUGCCCUGCCAUCUCAACAACCAUCAGACAGGCCCUCUCUAGUCCCAAGUCUCAGCUCUGCUCCCAGCGCACAACCAAGCUCAUAUCCAUCUGCUCUACCAUCUAUCAGUCCCUCCCUGGCUCCCUCUAGUACCCCGUCCGAUCAGCCAACUAGUACUCCAACCUAUGCAGCAUUUGCUUCCAAUUCAGCAUUUGCUUCCACUGUGGAUGAAAGGUGGAAAUCAGAGUGGGGGAGCCUUCACAUGUUUGGACCACAGGAAACGAAUGGCCUGGCCAUUGGCUGGACAGCAGCUCAAGAAUUCUGCAAUUCCCAAGGAGGAAAACUGGCAUCCAAGGAGGAGAUUUGUCCUUCUACCACCUCCACACCAGUUGAUGGAAUCCAGACCCCAGACAAUCAAUGGGCUCCAAUUUCAGAUGGUCUUAACAAAUGGAUUAAUGUUGGACAAAGUGAUAAUCUUCCGGCCUGUUCGCGCCACGGAGGUGCUGCACCAGAGAAUAUUGGUCAAGGACAUGCCCAAGGCUGGGGAAACUAUGUUUAUUGUGCUCCCAAUGAUUGGUACCAGUUCAAGGGCAUUUCAGUUCGAGAUGUCGAUGCUGCGGAGGAUGGCACUAUUUGGGUGAUAUCGUCCACUGCUGUCAUGACUGAUUGUUACAGCAUCCACCGCUAUGUGUCUGGUGAUACUUGGGAAGAGGUCAGGGGCUGUGCUAAUCGAGUUUCUGUUGGCAGCAGCACAAAUGUGGUGAUCGUAACGACAGAUGGCGAGAUCCAUCAGUGGACUGGACGUGGUUGGAAGUUGCUCACGAGUCCCCCUGCUAGGUAUGCAAGUAUCAGCAAAGAUGGAACUAUUUGGAUGUCUAAGCUAGUGUCUGGGACGGAUCAUGGUGAUAUCUAUCGCAAGCUUCCUUCAGAUAAUGACUUCAAGUACAUUAUUGGAGGGGGCAGUGAUCAUAUUUCAGGAUCAGGUCCAGACUGGGUUGCUUCCUGCAAUAGCUUGGCAUCUUUGAGCCAAAAUGCUCUCUUGCUUAAUGGUGGUUCCGGCUGGUAUCAAGUAGGAACCUGUGAUAAUGGAGAUGUGAGCAUUGCCACUGAUGGAACUAUUUGGACAACUGGGGUGCCUUCUGGCCAAACAAGUCCAGGCCUGCCCCGCAGAUCAAUAUCAUCCAGUGCCGCUGCUACUACCUGGGACCUCCCUAUACAGGGCAAGAGUUGUACCCAAAUUGUUGCCAUUCAUGCAGACAUGUUUUUGCUGGUUGAUUCUGGUAGCAACCUUUGGCAAUACAAGGUUCCCAUUAAGAUGAGUCCAGCUGCAGACGCUCCUCUGUUUGGACCAAGUGACACAGUAAAUGUGAAAACAUAUGAAGAAGCACAGAGAUUCUGUCAGUCCAAGGGAGGAAAUCUUGCUUCGAGUAGAGAUAUUUGUCCAUCUUUCAACAACUGGCAAAAGUACACUGGAUUUCAGGCUACCGAUGUGGGUGCUGCAGAUGAUGGCACAAUUAUGGCGGAUGUCAGCAUUACCAAAGAUGGAUAUAUUUGGAUAAUCGAGAAGACAGCAUCUGGGGGCAAUGGAGCCAUCAAGCGCAAGCAUAAGGAUGCGACUACCUGGGAGCAUAUCGAUGCCGGAUUUGGCCACAGAAUUUCUGCUUUUGAUGUUAACCAUGUUGUGACAGUUGCUCUCAAGGCUGGUGGUGGUGGUGGUGGUAUAAUUUACUACAAUAUGGGUACCGGUUGGCAUGCUAUGGGAGAGUGUGAAAAUGGAGAUGUUGAUCUCGCUACAGAUGAAACCGUUUGGACCACUGGAGGAUUUGAGUUGCAUUCAAAUCAAGUAUCACAAGGAUUAGCACGCAGUUGGAAUGGCCACGAUUUGACAUGGGACCCUGCUCUUCAAGGCCACACCGGCACAAACAUUGCUGCAGUAAGCGCAAGAGAAUUUCUCAUGGUUGAUGACAAUGAUAAUCUGUGGCACUACAAGGCAGAUCAUCCCUACUUUGGUAUCCAAACUGGUGAUCAAUGGACUCCAGUCUCGGACUAUGACAAUGCUUGGAUCCAGGUAGGAAUCCAUCCAUCAGGUGGUCCAACUUGUGCCCUGCACAGGGAGAUAGCCAAUGGAGCAGAUCCGACGUGGGGUCUUGAUGGAAGCUGGCCUGAUGCAGCAAACCAUAUUCUUUGCAAUAUGGACAAAUUUGUGUUUGGACCAAGUGAUACUUUCAAUGUGACUAGUUAUGAUGACGCCAAGCACUUUUGUGAGGCAAAGGGAGGAGCUCUUGCUCCAUUUGAUGACAUCUGCCCUGUUCCUGCUGGUGUCAAUCGACCCUACUUUGGUGCUGUUGGUGGCGUUCAUUGGACUCCUCAUGGUGACUACCGCAAUGGUUGGGUUGAAGUCGGUGGCGAUGCCGAGACUGCCAUGUGUUCCAGGCACAGGACAAAGUAUGGUGACCCACGAAUUGGACUUGGCCCAGUAUGGGGCGUAGCUGAUGACAAGCUUCAAGGAGAGGCAGACUAUGUAGUCUGCAAGAUGGAGGGUGUAUACCUGUAUGGGCCUGAUGUUACUGCCAAUGUCAAGAGCUAUGAUCAAGCCAAGCAAUUUUGUGAGGCUAGGCAGCUCCUCCUGGCCUCCAGUGCUGAUAUCUGCCCCCAAGAUGGUUCAAACAAACCUUACUUUGGUAUCCAGCCCGACGAUCAGUGGACCCCAGUCUCAGAUUAUCAUAAUGGAUGGCUUCAGGUGGGAACCCAUGUAGCAAAUCCACUCUGCAGUUCGCACCGAGACAUAAACAAUGACGAUCCUGCCUGGGGUCUCGAUGGAUCCACCAAGGUGGGACCUGAGGCCAACUUUAUAGUUUGCAGCUCUUGGUUUCACCUCAACAGAGAGGAAACAACCACAGAGAUUGGUGUUUCUGGUACUGUGUUUGAGCAGCGUCAAAAGCUCAACAAACUUUAUAGCAUUCCCGAUCACCACCUCCAUGGAAGGAUCAGCCGCAGCAUCGCUCGGUUCAAUCACCCUGAUGGUAAGCAGCGCAACCUGUGUGCCUAUGCUGAAGAUGGGUUCAAUUUUCCCUAUACCCUUGCAUAUUACAAGGUGUACCCAGAGGAGGGCUCCCUUGAAAUAAAGUACGCUACCAACCUGCAAGAGUUAUACACUGAUGGUGAACUUCGCAUAGCGAGACCGUCAAGCGAAAUAGGAUACUUUCCAAUCGGUGAUGUCAUUUGGAAUGGAGGGGUAAACACGACAAAGAAUGGCACAGAUAUUCUCAUCCCUCAGAAGAAGGCUCUGUUGGUCAAGGGAAGUGGUUCCGCCCUGACGAAACCCCUCUACUAUCAGAACAUAUUCAAUGCAUCAAUUGGAUAUCUGAAGGAGACAGGACCCGAUGGCCUACCUCGAGGAGGUUCAUCUGAAACCAAUGGGUUCUCGAGUAAUGGAACAAAAGUCGCAGGAGGUGAAGCAGCUGCUCCUACAUUUUGGCAUGAGUACAAUGGAAUAUCAGUCCGAGAUGUGGGUGCUGCACAUGAUGGCACAAUUUGGGUGAUUUCAAACUACACUGUCAUGGAAGGCUGUUACAGCAUCCAUCGUCUUGUAGAAGGAGAUAAUUGGGAAGAAGUCAGAGGGUGUGCCUCUGGCAUCUCAGUUGGCAGCCGCGAAAAUGUCAUUGUAACAACCACGGAUGGAGAAAUAUUCAAGUGGAGCAGCAUUGGCUGGGAUUUGAUCCCCAGCCCCGCUGCACGAGAUGCAACCAUCAGUAGGGAUGGAACCAUUUUUUUGACAGAAUUGAAAGAUGGGACAGACUAUGGCGAUGUGUGGCGCAAGCAUCCUUCAGAUAGUUCCUUUGUGUUCUUUGGUGGAGGUGGAGAUCGAAUUGCUGCUUCAGGGCCCGACAAGGUGGCCCUCUGUAAUUCCUUGCCAUCUAUAAAUCAAAAUGCGCUCUGGGUCAAUGCUGGUUCCGGCUGGUACCCUACUGGAGCCUGUGAAAAUGGUGAUGUAAGCAUUGCUGCUGAUGGAACGAUUUGGACAACAGGAUCAACAAGUCAUCAAACAAGUCCGGGACUCGCUCGCAAGUCCAUCGUUGCCACUGGCUCUGUCACAACAUGGGCAACCCCCAUCCAAGGCCACUCAGGAGGCAAAAUUGCUGCUAUGAGUGCAACAGAAUUUGUACUGGUUGAUUCGAAGAACAAGCUCUGGCGGUAUGAGAAUCCAGGUCUCCAAGCACCCAAGACAGGCAGCACCCGAAUUUUUGGACCACGUGAAACUGGACCGAUCAAGAGCUACAGAGAAGCUCAAAAGUUCUGUGAGAUUAAGGGAGGAUCUCUUGCAUCCAGUUCUGACAUCUGCCCCUCAGGAAGCUCUUCAUGGCCCUAUUUUGGUAUCCAGGAUGGGGAGCAGUGGGCACCUGUGUCUGAUUUUAGCAAUGGUUGGAUCCAGUUGGGAAGCCAUCCCUUUGCACCGACAUGCAGUCUGUACAGAGACACACACGAUGGAAUGGAUCCUGAUUGGGGUCUUGAUGGGACCUCUAAGAAAGCCUGGGAGUCCAACUAUAUUGCCUGUAGUAUGAGAAUGUUCAUGUAUGGGCCCAGUUCAACAGCUGGAGUCAAGACCUAUGAUCAAGCGCAAGCAUUCUGUGCAGCAAGAGGAGGAACUCUUCCAUCCAGUACUGAUAUUUGUCCCUCAGCUAACACAAACAGUUGGAAUGAAGAGUGGGGAGACAUUCACAUGUUUGGUCCAAAUGAAACCAGCAGCCUGGCAAUUGGCUGGACAGCAGCGGAAGAGUUCUGCAGUGCCAAUGGAGGAAGUCUGUCUGCUAUCCAUGAGAUUUGUCCACCCGGUGGGAACUCAACGCCUGUCACUGGUGUCCAAUCAGUAGGAGAUGAUCAAUGGGCCCCAAUUUCAGAGCGAGAAAACCAAUGGGUCAAUGUGGGCAGUGGUGGGAUAUUUUCGGCCUGUACGAAACAUGGUGGCGCGGCACCUGAGAUUACUGGCGAAGGUCGUGAUCGUGGAUGGGGAAACUACGUUUUUUGUUCUGCCAUCAGAAAGGGCUGGUUCAAAUAUAGUGCGGAUGUUCGAGAUGUUGGAGCAGCCGAGGAUGGCACAAUUUGGGCGAUUGGAAUGCAUGACUACUUCCCUGGAAAGGGCUGCUACAGCAUUCUUCGAAAUUCUGGUGGAGAUUCAUGGGCAGAAGUUGGUGGGUGUUCUCAUAGAAUAUCUGUCGGAAGUAGCUCUAAUAUCGUGGUCCUAAACUUUCACGGGCACAUCCAUCAAUGGACUGGGCAUAACUGGAAGUAUCUCCACAGCCCUCCUGCGAGGGAUGUAAGUAUUACCAAGGAUGGAACUAUUUGGAUGACUGAGUUGCAUGUUGGUCAUGUUUACCGCAAAUUGCCUAUGGAUCCUCUCUUUGCGCCGUUUGGAGGCUAUGGGGACCGCAUUGAUGGUUCGAGUCCAGACAAGGUUGCUCUAUGUAACUCCAUGUCAGAUCAAAACCUACUUUGGGUUCAUGGUGGUUCCCACUGGUACCCUCCUGGUGCGUGUGAAAAUGGAGACAUUAGCGUUGCCGCCGAUGGAACCAUCUGGACAACUGGAAUUGGAAAUGGCCAGACAGGUCCUGGAUUGGCCCGUAAGUCAAUGACCUCGUCUGAUUCCGCUACUACCUGGGCUGCCCCCAUACAAGGUCCAUCUGGUCGCAACAUUGCGGCUGUGAAUGCUUACAAGUUCCUGCUGGUUGAUGCCAGCAACCAACUUUGGGAGUAUGAAGAACCGGCAGCCAUUCUGCCGACGGUGGGGACCUUGAAGGGUGGCGAUCAGUGGAUCCCCUUCAAUGACUACCACAAUGGAUGGAUAGAAAUUGGCAGAGAUGAAAAUUCUCCUGUAUGCUCCACAAUCCGAGAUGUACAUGGUGAUCCCCAAUGGGGUCUUGUGGAGGACAACUCUGUCUCUGGGCCGAACUACCUUGUUUGUGACUUGAAUCGGGUCAUCUUUGGGCCCAGCGAAACAACAAGCGUUACGAGCUACAACCAAGCACAAGAGUUUUGCAAAGCAAAGGGAGGAUACCUUGCUUCAAGCUCUGAGAUUUGUCCAUUGGGUGCUUCAAGUCAUUGGAUCAAUUACGAAUGGUUUAAGGCUCGUGAUAUUGCCGCUGCAGAGGACGGUACUAUGUGGGCGAUUGGAAUUCAUGACUAUUGGCCCAGCGACGGCUGCUACAGCAUCCAUCGCCGCCAUGGCAAAGAUUCCUGGCAUGAAAUAGGUGGUUGUGCUCAUAGAAUUUCAGUCGGAUCAAAGGACAACGUCAUUGUACUGAACUUCAGAGGAGACAUUUUCCAGUGGACAUCGCAUGGCUGGAUUUAUCUCAACAACAAUCCCAAAGCACGAGAUGCAAGUAUUACCAAGGAUGGGACCAUUUGGAUAACUACAUUGGUGGAAGGAAGUGACCAUGGUGCAGUCUAUCGCAAGCUGGCAAAUGAAACUUCCUUUAGGGAGUUUGCUGGUGGCACUGGAGACCGAAUUGCAGGCUUUACGUCGGACAAGGUUGCUGUCUGCAACUCCUCACUUUCGAGUGAAAGCAAGAUGUGGUACUAUGAUAGCAGCCAAUGGAGUAUCAUUGGAGACUGUGGAGAUGGAGAUAUCAGUAUUGCUGCCGAUGGAACAGUCUGGACGACAGGCGAUGGUAACAACCAAACGAUUGGAGGAUUGGCCCGCAGGUCUACUUCCCUCUCUGGUUCUGGUGCAACCUGGGCAUCUCCUAUUCAAGGCCACUAUGGAAAGAACAUUGCUGCUGUGAGCGCCAGAGAGUUCCUUAUGAUCGAUGACAACUUCAACCUGUGGCAUUACUAUGAAGCUGAGGAUCCAUACUUUGGCAUUCAGUCCGGAAAUCAGUGGACCCCAGUCUCUGACUACAUUAAUGCAUGGGUACAGGUUGGUUCCAACCAUGGUGCUCUAGGUACAACCUGUGGACUCCACAGAGACACCAACAGAAUAGAUCCCAGGUGGGGUGCUGACGGAAGCUGGAGUGGAGCUGCAAACUAUGUUGUAUGCAAUAUGAGGUUGGAAGUUUACGAUUCAAUCUCAACAAUCAAUGUCAAAACUUAUGCCCAGGCACAAGCUUUCUGUACAGCCAGAGGAGGAACUCUUGCUUCCAGUGCAGAUGUCUGCCCCUUUGGUCCAAAAGAGGAACCCUACUUUGGUAUUCAAACUGGUGAUCAGUGGACCCCAGUUGCAGACUAUAACAACGCUUGGGUCCAGGUGGGAGUCCAUCCAUGGGGUGCUGUUACUUGUGGUCUCCACAAGGAUGCGGCCAAUCAUGAUCCCAGUUGGGGUCUUGAUGGAAGCCGGAAAGAUGCUGCUGCAAAUCACAUUGUGUGUAAGACUGGUCCACCACCAGAGAAGCUCGUGGUGCCAGGGGAUGACCAAUUCCAUAUGUUUCCAGAUGCCCUCGCUGAUGGGCCAAGAAAGUGCUUUGCGUUCACCACUACUGCACGUGAAAAUCAAUGUGUUGGAAUAUCAACCAGACCUGAUCUUGUCCAGGAAUGGAAUAGUGACUUCUUGAUUGUUUCUCUGAAUGAUGCAUUGCAAGAAGAAAGCACUUUCUAUGCUGCUGAUUUCUCAAAGCACAGUUCCACCAACCACAACUCCGGCUUGCCAAGCUUUCAGCCACCUUACUUGGAUGGAACAGCAAAGGAUUUUUGGGUGUGUUCACAGUCUGAGUUGACCGGUGGCCUUCUGUUUGUGAUGGGCACUGGUCGUGACCCUGAUGAUGUUACCUCCACAGUAGUCGUGACAGUUUCUCUUCCCGACGUCACGGCUGACUCCCGUCCUUUCUUUGGAUUCAAGUCCCUGAAUACAGAGGAGUUGUACACAAAUAUUGAGGUAAUUGAUUUCAAUACUGCUCCCACACCUACCCCUGCCCCGGUCUCGACAGGGGCCAAUGCCCGACGUUUGCUCAUGGCAAGCUAUAGCUACAGGGAACUUGCUUCAGUGAAUGGCACUAUUGCUCCAACCACAAUCUCAUCCAACGAUACCAAUUCCACCAACAGCCCUACCGCCGUCCCAUCAAGCUCUCCUACGGCCACUCCACCAUCUCUCUGGAGACCCAUUCCUCCUCCAGGAUAUACUUGCCUUGGUCAUGUGUGGAGCACCGAUGACAAAGAACCUUCCACAGAUCUUGUUCGCUGUAUCCAAACAAUGUUUGUCGAGGGCUCGAAGGAACCUAGACAGAGAUGGGACAGCCAGUCAUCGAUUGAUUUUGAUGAGCUGACUUUAUGGGAGGCAACAGAAACAAGGACAAGCCUCUCCCCGGGCACAUUCAUUUCAAGGGCAUGCGAAGCCUGUGAAUCACCGCAGGAAGAAUUCUACUCACUCAAAAAACAAUGCAUUGUGGGGCAUGGGCAAGUACCCUUUUGCGCAGAACCAGGCACACCUUGGAAGGUGGAAGUUGCGAACCAGACCAAUUUCAAUAUUCCGUAUGCCAAGCUUCAACCAUGUGGCUAUGAACAUGAAGACAAGAGAGUGUAUGGACGGCAACACAACACUGAUCAAGAGUGGGAAAAGUAUGCUGUUGAGCUUUACAACAAGUCUGGAUUUGUUGGCUGGAAGCAUCUUGGUGUGUCGGAACGCCUUGGCAAGCCAUAUUGUCUUGGCUCAACUGCAUUUGGCAGCUCUACCUUCCAGAAUGAUUUGUUCAUCACGAAUAUUCCAAUGGAAGGCCGUGUCCUAGAGAAAGAUCUCAAGAACAUUACGUACGGUACAAAUGGCGAGCUCCUUUCGGCCAAACUUGCAGGAGAUUUUGUUUUCCUGUUCCCUUGCAUUGAACAAAAUCCAAUCUUGGAGACCAAGAAGAUGCUGUUAGACUUGGCUGCUGAAGCAAGUAUGGAUGGAAGCGUAGAAUCUGGCAUCGUUAACAUUGAGGAGGAUCUGGGAGUAGCAUCAAGACAUUGUAACCCAGCAAAACGGCAAUGCAAAGCAAAAUCACCAUGGGGGAACCCACACAUUUGCGGUGAAAAAGAGGAGCCAACAAAGUCUGGUGCAUCGAAAUGCCACCGAAGUGCCAGUGGGGGGAUCUGUGGAGAGAAAUUCCGAAUCUCUGUACAGGAAUCUACUCGGACAUUGGGCCGAGCGAUUCCAUAUGGGGUUGGCCAAGAUGGUGGUGGAAAGUACCUUGUGCUUGAUGAAGGAAAGAGUGUGUUGCUGAUUGGAAACGCAUGGAAAGCCUUCUCACUAGGCAGUGAGUAUACUGUUACAGAAAGUACAACUCUGGAGUUUGACUUUGAGUUUCGCAAUGAAACGGAAGGGCAUGCAAUCUGUCUGGACGAAGACACCAAUGAUGACGUUGAGAUUGAAGGGCAGCACCGAUGCUUCAAGCUCGCUGGAACCCAGGUAGCACCAUCUUGGUCUGAAGUAUGGAAGAUGCCUCAAGAUGGAGAGGAAAGGACUAGCUGGAAAGACCCCACCAGUAAACUUCACUACAAAAUCAAAGUUGGGUCUAUUACAGAAGGGCCAGCCAGUGGAAAACCGUACAUUGCGCUGAACACCAAUAUGAGAUUCCUGGCCUUGGUCCAGGACAAUGAUGCAGACACAGAGGCAGGGCUGAGCAGAUUCAGUAAUAUCAAACUUUAUGAUGCCCAGCCAGCUGGAGGGACAACAUCACUUGCCACAAGUAUCUGUACCAGGAGGACCGAGCUGAACGGAUUGUACAGUAGCCAAGGAGCAGCUCCUGCACAGCUUGGAGCUAGUACGGAAACGAUGAUGCGAUACAAUGAUGGCAGUGGCGCGAGUGCCCGGGAGUCUUUGUGUCCGGUCUUUGAUGCAUAUUCGCCGACUGAAAUCCCCUACACAGUGCAGGCUUACAAUAUGGAAUCAACCGAUUUUCUGGAUGUUCAGUACCGUGAUGCUACCGAGGAUGCUGUUUAUUGGAUUCAUUCUACACGUUUCCGAGUGUUGCGAGUUGCUGACACCGUUCUUCCGGAUGGUUACUACCGUCUUGGAGAUUCAUUGAACACCAAUUUUGCUAACAAAAAGUCCAUUGCUAUUGUGAAAGGUGGUGGUGAUGCCCUAGCACCUCCAAAUGACUACAUCGGAUCCUUUGAAUGCAUGUUCAAUGGAUGGCCACAUUGCAUUUAUUGGAGACCAGUCUGCCCAUACGGCUAUGUUGCAAUGGGCUAUGUUUGGACGAGCUAUCUUUCAGGAUGGCACAAGCCAACCAGGGACUACAUGCGAUGUGUUAAGGAGGACUAUGUUUUCCCAUUACAUUGGGUGUUCGGUCUCCAAUGGGGAGGAAACCUCUUCUAUGGAGAAGUUGCACACAAUUUCUGGCCACAGGACUUCUUGCUGACGGGGACACAUGAUAUGACACCCAUUGAAAGCUGGUGGGCAGGAGAUCUUUUUGUUUUACGGAAGCCAUGUACGCAGUAUGGUACUUGGCCAUACUGUUCUGGGCGUGUUUCGAUGUGGCCAGAUGAUGAGGUGGAAUUCCAUGUCCCCUAUGCUGUUUUGAAGCCAUGCGACUUCCACGAUGAACACAAGGAGCUUUAUGAUAGUACCCUGGAUUCCGAGAGUAGGAGAAAAUGGGAAAGCACUGCUGUUGAGCUCUACAAAGAUCCCAUUACUGGGUUUACUGGAUACAAGCACAUUGCAGCAACUAGGCGGUAUAACAAACCUUACUGUCUUGGAACGAAGGUCUAUGGACGAUCAAAUCAGCUUCGCUUGAAGUAUAUGCCCCAUAUUGGAUCCCAUAUUGCUGAUAUUGCCCACAAACAGAUACGUGGGAACUUUGUCUAUGAUCCUAUCCAAGGAUACGGUGGAGACUAUGUAUUUUUGUUCCCAUGUUCGACAAAUGAUGACAUUGGAAACCACAAACGAACACUGGAAAUGUCGCGAAUCGUAUCGUCAACAAUCCGAAGGGAUCUUGUUAACAAAGAUGAGGAUCUCGGAGUGGCGGCAAGUUACCCUUCUCUAUCCUGGAGCAAACCUCACUUUUGCCCAUGCGGAGAAGAACCAAUCAAAGAUGGCAGUGGGUGUAUGAAGGUGGACACCUGCUACUACAAAGCGUCUAUCUGUCCUGACGAGGUCAAGUUUUCCACCUGUGCAGCAGAUUAUUCUUACUGCCAAUGCGACGAAGGAUAUGUGGGGAACAGAUAUGGCGCUCAGGCUGUUACCAGUGGGAAUGGAGAUGUUUGCGUUCUUUCUGAGGAUGCUGACACACAGCAAAAUGUCUCCUUUGACUCUUUUGACGUAGUAAUGAAGAAGUCGGGUCUGACAGGCAUAACAGUCAGGAUGGAUCGGUAUGAUGCAAGUGACCCAGAUGAACUACACAAAACAGUCAAAAAGUGGGAUGCAAAGGAGACAACAGUGGUUGCUGUAGAUGCACCCAAAAACAUCUACAAGCAAACUUUUGAUGGUUUACGCCCUGGAACGAAGUAUCAGUAUACAAUUACGGAAACUUCCAGUGGUUCAGUGCUGUAUGACGCGGCAGAGCAAGUGACCUACUGCUGCUGUGACUGUAAACGAUCAUCACAACAUGAUGACAGUACUGGAAGGCCAGUAGACAUCAAGAUAUUCCAAGACGCCGGGGUGAUCACUUUUGAAUUUAUCGACAAUUCUCGCUGCUCAGAAGCUUAUGCUUUUACCAGGACUGACGUGGGCGCUGGAGAGUUCAUAAAGUCUGAUGAGAGUCUGAAGCAAACUUUCACUCCAAACUUUGUAACCUUUGCGAAAAAGAAGUGUACCAUGGCUGCUGUCAAACCGGGAACUAAUGCUGCUGAUGAUCUUCGAUUUUCAAGACUCCAGGUCUCAGAGCCCUACAGAUACUGCAUCCGAGCUGUUGCAGAGCUCUACUCUGCGGACUCUCAGCAUUCAAGCGAUGAUGCUUGUAAGAUCCACUUUGUCCGCUGGCAAGCCUCCAUCAAGGGGAAGAUUGUUACAGAGCAGGGCAAAGUACCAGUUGAAGGGGUCAAAGUAACCUGGCAAUUGAUGAACCUGCAGCAAACUGCUGUGAUUCAUGAAGGCACAGCUACAACCAAGAAGCCCGGAAAAUUCCAGAUUGAAUUUGACGUCGAUGACAGCAUCAACAAGUACCUGAAUCGCGACAAUGCCUUCCCUGUACGAAUCACAUUUGACAAACAGACAGAUGUUGGGGGAAGUGAGCCCAUCAUUCAUGACUUUGUCUGUGAAGAUGGGACCGUGGAUUGCUCUGGAGAGGAUGGGACAAUCUUUUAUCUGAAGCAUUUGGAAUUCAAUGAACCUUUCAUGGCUCAGGACAAGACAUCAGUCCCAGUCAAAGGAAGGGUAUCUAUUACAGAACAUGGUGGAUGCCCCUUGAUCGGAGCAGAUGUUUGCCUCAUGCAAAAGCGAGCAAACUACCCUGACGCUCAGGGUGCUUGUGUGAAGACUGACGGAUCUGGAAACUUUCAAGUGCCGGCAACUAUUGGAACCACAGUUGGCGUCAAAGUGGCUUACUUUGAGCAUAAUAUUGUGAGAGCUCCAGAAAACGUUCUUGAUUACGAAAAGGGAAUAUUCAUAGACCCCACUAGGCGCUAUGUUGGCAAUGACUUUGUUGACAUUCAGAAGGCUGCCUUAUUUGUCGAGAUCGCUGGAGGAUUGUGUGAUAUGCGCUUGGGACGUAGCAAGAUCGAAGUGGAAACUUGUAGUUCGCACCCUCCUCUGGUUCUUCCGCAAGGAAUGUGGAAGGCACAGCACACACUUCCAGCUCACGUGCUCAAUGUACGAGUUGUCGAAGUCAGGGAUGAUCGUGACAAAGAAAAGCCACCGCAGAAAUUACAUGACAUCACCAAGUUCUUCAUGGACAAGACUCAAAGCAAGUCUGUUGAUCUUCGCGAGGAAGUGGCAAAAGACACAGAAGAAGAGGAAACCAGUGCCACACCUAACGAUCAGUCAGUUGGGCAUGAGCAGCAACCAGGCAUCCCCAUGAAAGAUGUACCAGAGCUUCGCUUCCAGUAUGAUGGUGCGCUUCAACAAGAAUUUGAGUUUGGUGGGGCAGAUGAGCUGGCACUCCAUUCGGAGAAGUGUUCAGUGGACAAGGUCUUGCCAGAGCCGUUGGUCAAGCGGCAAGCUGGUACCACCUAUUCUCUCCACGUCACACACACUGGUUGGUUUUUUGAACCUAAAAUAUCCCUGAAGUACGAACUCAUGACAGACAUGUACUGUGAUGUCAUGGACGAUGAUAUCAUUGUUGAAAUUGAAAACAGUGUUGGUAUUGAUGCCAAGUGGGACCAAUUCAAGAAGGAUCUGCCACCUGAUGAAGUCAAAGCUUAUGAGAGAUGCAGUCCAAAGAACACUUGCAAGUACAGUGUGGAGCACUCUGAACCAAAUGGAGUCAAGCAAAGAGCUCAUGUCGCUCCAAAGGACCCCAAAGAUCCUCAAAAAAAGAUCAAGUUUUUGGUUGGCCGUCCCAGGAUUGACUCACCAUAUCGCAAGCAAUUCAAGGUGAAGGUUACAAAGGCUGGAGUCCGCCUCUUGACCCAUGUUGCUGAGGUUGUGAUUACAGGCGACUACAAACUGGGUUCAGGGAAGUCCUUUGCUCUUCCUACCUAUAACCCCAUUCUAGUCCUUCGUGAUCCACCUGGAGGGCUUUCACAAGCGUCCUAUGAAAAUGUCCAGACCACCAUGCGGGUUCGGUCAGCUGAAUAUGAGAAACUAUCGGACGUGUACCACACCUCCCGCCUACACCUUGGAGCUGACAUUGACGCCGGAAGUUGUGCUGGCUUGGGGCUACAAUUUUGUUUUAAAACUUUUGCCGUGUCUGGUGAUGGGCUUGCUGGUGGUAUGGACUCUGAUGAUAUUGAUUACAAGUAUCACAAUGAACACAUGUUUACUUCUGAGUACACCACUACCUGGAGUUACACCACCAGCGAUGAUCCAAUGCUUGCAGGACAAAACUCGGAUGUGUUUGUGGUCCCCAACUUGAAUGUGUUGUUUUCUGAGACUUUGAAUUUCAAAUUCCAUCCUGAAACAUGCUCAACCAAUGUGACCACUGAAACCAAAUUCAAUCUCGAGGACAAAAAGAAUAAACCUGCUGUCUCCUUCCUCUCUUACCUUUACAUUGACCAGCAUUUGAUGCCAACACUGGUGACAAAAGUUAAGGAGUACGAUGGCAGGUGGAAAAAUGAACCUGAUCCACAGAACAAGACAAAGCUCAAAUCUCAACAUGACACCUUAGCUUUUGCUCUGCAAAGUUGGAAUCAAACAAUCAGAGACUACAUGAACACAACCAGCCAGGCAACCCAAAUUCCAGCGAGAGAGUGGUUUGACAAAUGGGCGUCCACAAAAGAUGAUUUCUUUGCUGUUGACCCGGUUAGACCAAGUGGCAAUCCCGCCAUUGAUCUGGUGAACCUUAUGCAGAGUGCAUACUUGACUGAGAUGAAGCCAGUAAUUGGAAAGGGUGAGCAUUGGGCCAAUCUGGCCCCUGAAACCCUUACAGACAGAGCUGUGGCUGUGCAGGGAGCUAAUUACAUCGAGGCAGGAUCGCAAAAUGAUAAAAAGGACUUGAAGGAGACGAAUCGCCUUCAGUUCAGUGGAGGAGGGGGCACAAUGGAGUAUUCAAUGGGUCAUUCUGGUAUCACUGAGAUGAGCAGACUAAAUCAUCGUCAUCCCAAUGAAGAAAGUACUUUUGGGGGCACAGUAUCCUUCGACAUGUCAGCUGGUCCUGGAGUUAUGAUUGGUGGCGGGUUUGAACUGACAAGUGUGACAACAAAGUCUCAACAGUAUGUGGAUACAGAUGGCAACAGCAAGGAAACAACCGUUUCGUUUGUGCUCGGUGAUGAAGACAAGGAUGACGACUUUGUGGUGGAUAUCUUUGUCGAUCCCAUGUAUGGAACUUUCAUUUUCCAAAAGGUUGCUGGUACAACAAGUGCUCCAUGGGAAGGUGAACCAACUGCGCGGGGAGAAGACAUUGAUCUCAAUGUUGUGCAGCGACCAAACAAGCCGGUACUCCCUGAUGAGCCCAUGACCUUCACACUCACCAUUGCCAACAAUGUCAACGACCCAUGGACGAGUGCCUUUGUGGUUUUCCUCGACCACACGACCAAUCCAGAAGGGCUCUCGCACAAGCUGGGAGGGAAUGACCUCGCAGUUGCGCAUGACUUUGGCCCGUUUAAUGGUGUCCGUGUGGUAACAAUGGAAGUUUGGAGACCAUCGAGGGGAUAUCAGUUUCCAGCCACUCUGAUUCAAAUGCAGGCUGAUUGGGAUGAUAUCGGCCGAGAAGCCAAAACCGUGUGGUUACACAAUUCGAUGAACUGCUAUGGAACAGCAUGCAUGGGGGUUGAGGAACCUUGCCCUUGUAUCAAGUUUGAGGAACCAUGUCCAGCGAUGGAGUGGGCUGGACCUUUUGAGCAGGAGAAGAAGUAUGUUGUGAACUUGGCCAAUGUUGCAGAUCCUGUCCCCUUGGUUAUUCGCAACCCCAAGAAGGCCGAUGGUACUCUUGCCAGCCUUGUCAAUGAUACAAGGCUGGAGAGUGUAUUUAUCUACUGGAGGAAGCUUGGGGAGACCAGUUCACCAAACAUCGCUUGUCUGGACGUGUCAAAACAGCAGCGUGCCAACUUUGCCGCAAUUCCAGUAGAUGCUGGGCGUGAGGAUGGCUAUGGCUAUGCCAGUAUCAACUGGUUCUUCCAGCAGGUGCAUGUUGCAGAAACCAGUGCAGAUGGUGUAUACGAAGUAUUUGUUGAAAGUCGAUGUCAAGGUUUCACCAAUGCUCCUGAUAACUUCAUCAAGGUGGAGCCAGAACCAUUACUGAUUGUUGUGGAUCGAGUAGCUCCAAAGAUGUAUGGAAUGCUACCAGUGCGGGAUGUGGUGGUCCCAGGAGAGGAAGUUGUGAUCGUCUUCACCGAAGAAAUCGAUUGUUCUAUACCUUUCAACUUUGAUCUCACAGUGUCUGUGGCUGGAAUCAAAGAUGCUGGGGGUGUAAAUGAUGCAAAGUAUGGCAUCUUUUCCAACGAUCUGAAUAUCGACUGCAGGGAACGGAAGUUGGGUUUCCUCUUUGAUGAACUCAUGGGCUACGAUGUUUUGAUGGGUCGUGAAAUGAGCAUUUCUGUAACAGGUAUUCAUGACCUGCAAGGAAAUAAUAUUACUGAAGCCAUCCAGUUCAAGAAGACGUUUGCGAACUUGAAUGUAAACAACACUGGCUCGGCCUUUGACAUGACACUAGGAGAGCAAUGCAACGGAACCACCAUGAGUUCAGAGGAUGCCAAAGUCAGGAUAACGCAACUGCUGAACUUGGCAGACUCAACUCGUAUUGAGAUCCUGAGCGUGCGGUGUGAAAACGCAAAUCAGACUUUGGCUCGUGUCAAGAUGGCUCCAUCUGGUGCUCCCAGCUUCCGAAAGUUGGAAGAGGGAGCAGAUACCAAGGUAGAUGGUGGCGACCACACCCCCAUUGGAGUGUUUUAUGCCUUGGCACAGUUGUCCAAAGAGGCAAGGGAAAGACGCAGGUUGACGGCUUUCAAUGUCUCAAGUCCUGACGUGUUGAUUGACCUCAGUGGCAAUCCUAUUGACUUUGAGUUCAGUGUUGGCAAUCUGGAGCUUAUUCCCCAUGAAUCUGAUGUGGAGCGAUAUUCACUUGACGACCCACCCUCCACUGAGGAGCAGCUCAUUGUGGCUGUUGCUGAAGGGAUUGAUGAGACCACUUUGAGACAGCGUGAACAAAUUUUGAGACUGGAGCAAGGAAUGAAACAGCAGCUGGCAGCGACUGCUGCCAUGAAAGAGCAGCUGGCAGCAACUGCCGCCAUGAAAGAGCACUUAGUAACGCAGAUGGAAAGCCAAAUGACAGUCCAAACAGAAACGCUGCAUGCCAAAAUGGAGGCGCUUCUGGAUCGUGCUUUUGACAAGCAAACCCUAGAGAAGUUGCCAAACCGUGAACGUCGCAAUUCAAAUCGGAGCAAGUUGGACUCUUCUUCAAACCAGCAGGAUCAUGAUGCAGCCAAUCUGAUGUCGCAAAUCCGGUUGCCAAACCAGCAGGAUCAUGAUGCAGCCAAUCUGAUGUCGCAAAUCCGGUUGCUGCAAGUACUGUUUGGUUGUUCUGUGGUGGCUAUCAUUGUGCUGCAAUACAAGAAGAAUCAACUCAAGGCAUCUCUCCAGCAGUAA